AUGAUAAUUGUAACAUCAUCUCGAUAUACAGCUGCUGUUGCUUCUACUGCAUCUGCUGUUACGUGUUCACUACGUAGAUAUGCAUUUCCUUAUAGAAAUAAUUCGAUUCAACUUCAUAAUAAGCAAUUCAUCUCAUCUCAAUCCAAACAACGACAGCAACCAUCACUAAACCCACCAAAACCAAGAAUGCGUUGGUAUUAUGCUGUAGAUGUACCCAAUUCCAAACCUGAUUGGUAUAAUUAUACAAAAACCAAAGAUCCCGAGAAUUUCAUUCCAUUCUCCGAAGAUGAUUCCCAUAAUCUAGAACGUCAUUUCUUAAAGGAACUGAAUAAAUUAAUAGAAGUUAAUGAAGAUAGGUUAUUUCAAGUUGAUUUAAAUAAAUUGGAAUUAAGUCCAAUCUAUUGGGAAGGUCCUACUUAUGAAGUACGUAGAGGAUUAUGGUUUGAUCUGGAUGGAAGCCCCUACCCUAAAACCAUGGCUGAUGAAUUAGAACAAGGAUAUCAGAAAUUAAAGCCUUAUACUUUUGAAGAAAUUGAACAUGAAACUGAAACUAAAGAGAAUAAAGAUUUAAUUAAUGAAUUUAAUAAAUUUAAAGCAGAAAUGGAAGAAAGCUUAUCAAAUAUUGAUAUUGAUAAAGAAAAAGAUUUAAUUAAAUUGAAACUGGGAGAUUUCGCGGUUUAUUUUAAUGCAACUCAAGCUGCUAUAUUCCCGGGAACUUAUGAUUCAAAAUAUCAAGUGGAUACAAUUCGAAAAUUUGGAGAGAAUCCAGUUUCAUUAUUAGGUGUUAAACAUAUUCAAAGAGGAUAUACUGAUGAUUUACAAGAAACCAUAUUUGAUAAAUUACCUUCGAAUCCCUUACCGGACAUUGCUGAUUCUUUUCAGGAUGAGUUUGGAAAUCUAUUUAAAACACAAGAGAAGGAAAAUAAACUAGAAGAAAAUAAAGAAGAAGAUGCAAAUGAAAUUGAUGAUAAACAUAUGGAACAUUAUUUGGAAGCAGAUUAUGACCUCUCUCCAUCCAAAUCAACAUCAAAUCGAGAAAUUGAUCAUUUAGUACUAUGUAUCCAUGGUAUUGGGCAAGUAUUGGGAAGUAAAUAUGAAUCAAUUAAUUUCACUCAUAAUGUAAAUGUCUUGAGAAAUACCAUGAAACGAGUAUAUGAUGAAAAUGAAGAAUAUUCAAAAAUAAUAUAUCCCGAUCAAGACAAGAAGGAUAAAGAAGAAUUAUCAAAUAAUAGAAUUCAAGUGUUGCCAAUUUUCUGGAGACAUAAAGUUGAUUUCAAUCCUCGUGAAAAUUUCGAGAAAGAAUCUAGACUCCCAACAUUAUCUCAAAUCAAUGUAGAUGGAAUCAAAGCAUUACGUAACGUCAUUGGAGAUGUGAUCUUGGAUGUAUUAUUAUAUUAUCAGCCACGAUAUUUAGAACAAAUCCUUACUUCCUCCGCAGCGGAAUUGAAUCGAGUAUAUGAGUUAUACAAAGAACGAAAUCCAAACUUCAAUGGAAAAGUCCAUAUCGUGGCCCAUUCCCUUGGAUCAGCAAUUGCAUUUGAUUUAUUAUCCGGUGAAAGUAAAGUCAUUGAUGGCGAAUUACAAUUCCUUAAUAAACUCAACUUCGACGUCGAUGCCUUAUUCCUAGUUGGAUCCCCAGUAGGGAUGUUUAAAUUACUCGAAGGGAAAAAUAUCAUAGGAGACCCCACAACCACCUCAACACAACUUUCAACCCACCAAUUCGCAUCUCCUCAAUGUAACAGACUCUAUAAUGUCUUCCACCCAUCUGAUCCAGUCUCAUAUAGAAUCGAACCACUAAUCUGCCCCUCUUUUGCUCAUCUCAAACCCGAAGCAAUUCCAUUCGCAGUCAGGGGUCUCAAUACCCAAAUCCAAGAUUUGUAUAGUUUUGGUGAAAAGAUAACCCAGGUGACACAAUGGUUUCGAGGGACUAAUAAACCAAAACCAGAAAACACUAGGGGAAAAAGUGUUGAAGAAAGAGCAAAUAGUGAAAACGCAUUAGGUGAUAUUAUAUCCAGUGUAGUCAUGGCUAAAGAGGAUGAAAAACCAGCUGUGAAGCCUCUGAAGAGGGCGUUGAGCUCAGAGGAGUUACGAAAAUUGACUUGUUUGAAUAGUAAUGGAAGAGUGGAUUAUUGUUUACCUUUGGGAGUAUUGGAUUUUACAUUGGUUUCGGCUGUGAGUGCACAUAUUACAUAUUUUGAAAAUCAGGAUGUGGCUGGGUUUAUUAUGAAAGAAGUAUUAUCUCCUCAUGAUAAACCAGUACAGGAAAAGGUUGUUUAUUACAAUUAG